GUCACCAAGUGGUGUAGUGUUUCUCUAAUUGAACUUCGCCCAAUCAACAAUAACUCGUUAGCAGUCGCUUUCUUCUUUUUUGGGGUGCCUGCCUGAGAAAAGCCUUUUCUCCUUGCAGGGAUUCACCCCCCUCCAGUCUGUCACUUUCUAAAGAUCUACAUGGAGCUCGGCAGAGGAACUGGGACUCUCUGAGGGGAAUGAAGUCCGGCCGCCUCUGCAGCUACGCCCGAAGCAUGCUUAUUUUGGAGGAAGACUCUCAGGAAAGCUAACGCGCAUGCAUGCAGGGAUCGGCUCGAAGUGUCCAAAAUACAAGCGGAGUUUCUUCCAAGCGCACCGACGGCGGGGGAAAAAACUUGUGGACGCCUUUUUUAAUUCGCCAUUUGAAUGAAAUAAUCCACUUUUUUCCCCUGAAAGCAGCGAUUCUUUCUCCGGGACUGCAAUGACCUCCAGUAAAGACAUGAAGGCAGGGUCUGUGUUGCAGUCCAGCGGCGAGGAGAGGAGACGCGCUCCGCUGGACCAGCUGCCGCCGCCGGCCAACUCCAACAAGCCCUUAACGCCCUUCAGCAUUGAGGAUAUUCUAAACAAACCCUCCGUGAAGAAAUCCGUGGCCAGUAUCUGUCCGCCCCGAGCGCAGGAGAAAGUGACGGGGUCCAACCCGGGGAGGAACGGGAUCAGCUCUCCGUCCUCGCCGCUGUGCGCGCUGGAGGAGCUGGCCAGCAAAACCUUCAAGGGUCUGGAAGUCAGCGUGAUCCAGGCGGCGGAAGGUCGGGAGCAUCUCAACGCCUUCGGACAGAGGCAGACGUCGAAGAAGAGGAGAAAGUCGCGGACGGCCUUCACCAACCACCAGAUUUACGAGCUGGAGAAGAGGUUUCUGUACCAGAAGUACCUCUCUCCGGCCGACCGUGACCAAAUCGCGCAGCAGCUGGGACUCUCCAACGCGCAGGUCAUCACCUGGUUCCAGAACCGCAGGGCCAAACUCAAGAGGGACCUGGAGGAGAUGAAAGCGGACGUGGAGUCGCUUAAGAAAAUCACCCCACAGACGCUGCAGAAGCUCGUCACCAUGGAGAAUAUAGAGGACCCGCAUGAGGGCGGGGAGGGGCCCGGGGGCCCCGGGGCCCGCUCGCCCAGCGCGUCCCCGACCUCCCGAGGACACCGAGCCUUCCCUCAGUCCCCCUCCUCCUCCAGAGACCAAACCACGGACGAGUUCUCGGAGGACGAUGAGGAAAUUGAGGUGGACGACUAACUUAACACCCCGGGAGGGGCUUUAAUUUUCAUAAAAACAACCACAACAAGAAAAGAAUAUUAAACAGGGACAUUUUUUUCUUCCCAAACUUUUGCACGGAUAUUGUUAAGAGGAGAAUAUACACAUAUAUGAACAAUUCGAGAAAGUUUUUUCCUGCCUUUUCAGCCUCUCUCUCUCAUUUUAAUUUAUUAUUUCUGACUUUUAAAGUCCGUUUAAGUGUCACAUCAAUUGAGAGAUAUCUCCCCCUGUUUUCUUUCAGACAAUACUGGUGUUGUGGUACAGGAAGAUUUUAUAAACAUUUAAUAUUAGAUUAUGAGUUUUCACAUUUAUUUUUAAGGGGGAAGAAAAAGUUGUGCAAUUCUGUUCUGUUUCGCCAUUUUUACCUAUUUUCUGGUUUGGGAUCUGCCAAAUAUUUAAAGUCUCCCCUCUAUUUUUAUUUUUAUUUUUUUUAAUUUGUUGUCUCUGCGAGCAUGCAGGCCUGUCCGCACCGCAAACGAGGCAUCACCUCUUUAGUGUCCAUUGCAACCUUUUUCCACCCUCUGACUUCUGUAUAUAGAUCAAACAUCCUAUGCGAUAAUUUUAUUGUAACGCUCUAUUUAAUCAGCAUCUAUGUAAAUAAAGGUUAUAUGAUAUUUCAAGAAA